CAACCAACCAGUUUCGUCAACAUGAUAUUCGUGUUUAUAUUGAGUGCGUUGGCCAAUGGCUAUGUCAUAGUUCCAUACCCAAAAACGUCAGAGGUUCUGCUCACGAAGGCAACUGCAAAAGUUCUGUCAGACAGUUUCUCUCAGUAUGUCGAUACCGUUUUUGUAACCGUACUUCUGCAAAGAAACAGAGUGAAUCUUAUCGGUAAAAUACUCACUCAUAUUGAUGAACCUUUGCCGGUGGCCAUCCAGACUGUUCCCCAACGGACGUCACUUGCUUUUAAGCAACGAUACAACCUGAUUCUGUUGGACUCCUGGUUGUCGCUCGGACGCUUGCAAUCUUUCCUAACCUCUAAGCAAUUCGACUUCACCGGAACAUACCUGAUGGUCGUGACAUCGUACAACACGGAUUGCACCAGUUUGGCCGACGCCAUCUUGGAAUUGACAAGCAAUAAGUUCAUCUACGACGUGAAUGUCCUAUUCCGAAAAAAUGAGUCUGUUAUCAUGAAAACGUACUUUCCAUAUGGACGUCCUGAUCGUACCCGGGGUCACAUUGCUAGGUGGAACACAUAUGACCUCCAGGGCUUCAUUAACGACAGACCUCACUAUCCGAAGAAAUUGGAGAACUUCUACGGAUCGCCUCUUCGAGUUGCACUAUUCGAGUCGGUCCCGUUCAUGAAACUGAUCCGAAACUCGAACAACCGGAUCAUCGACUACGCCGGAAUUGAUGGACAUCUGCUCAACAGGAUCUCCAGAAGACUCAACAUGACCAUAACACCCGUCGAACCACCACUAAACGAGAAAUGGGGAACACUCGAACCGGACGGGACUGCUACCGGUGCAAUAGCCAUGGUGAUGAAGGGAACUGCAAACAUGACCAUCACCUUUUUCGGAAACAAUCCGUUGAGACAAAAGUUCUUGGCACCUUCGAUGAGCUACUACCAAAGUUCGCUGGUCCUGAUCGUCUCCCCCGGUAGCGAAUACGGAACGUUCGAGAAGCUUCUUCUCCCAUUCCAGUUGACACUCUGGAUCGGAUUCAUCAUCGUGUUCAUCAACGCCCUACUAAUCAUAGCCAUCCUACAGAACUUUCCCCUAGUCGUCCAGCGGUUCGUUUUCGGUCGACGCAACAAAAAUCCGAUCCUGAACUUCUAUCUAGCAACUCUAGGGUACCCCGUAGACCCUCCGCCAACUCGAAACUUCUCGCGCUUUCUUCUCUCGCUCUGGAUCUUCGGUACCUUCAUCCUGCGGACGGCCUAUCAACAAGAAAUGUUCGGUUUCCUCCAUCGGCCGUUGAACCGCAGCACGGUCAGCGGAUGGGACCAGUUCGUUUCUUCGGGGUAUCACAUCUUCACCGCUCCAACUGCGGAAUAUCUUUUUGACGACGCCCACGCGAAAAUCAAGAGCUCUAUCUCCGUUCUCCCAAGUUCGGACAACACCACCAUAUUGGAAGCCAUUCGCUACGGCCGAGCACGUGGAGCUUGUAUCAGCUAUCCGGAACUAAUCGCCUACCUGAACCAACAAGCCUUACUCGAUGGAGGCCCCUUCUACCAACAGUUCAGCGAACGUCUCUACAGCUACCCAAUCCACGUGUUCUUCCGCAAGAACUCCCCCCUUGUGAAAAGUUUCGAUGAACAGAUCCAGCCAUUGGUAACCCACGGAUACAUACAGCAUUGGGCCCACUCCAUUCUGAAUCGCAACCUGCUCCGAGGUAUUGAAGCUCGAGCUCGCCAGGCCCUUACCGCCCAACCGUUGACGCUCGACAUGCUGGCCGGAGUGUUUGGACUCUACGUCAGCGGACUGGCCUGUGCUGGAUUGGCAUUUAUGGCUGAAAAUUCUUCGGCAAAUUACAGAUGGGCAACAGUGCUUUUAACUGCCUUUCGCAAAAACUAACGAGUCCAUUAGGGACGAAGCUUUUAACACAAUAUAAAAACAUCGGCUUUGAUUGACAGAAAAGCGCACUUGCAUUUUAUGGAUACGCGCGUGUCUCCACGAUGUGCAACGAAAACGUGCUCUAAUCACGCAACAAUUGAAUACGAAUUUGCCCACAUUGUAUCUAUCUAAUCAGUAUCGGUUAUGCAAGGUUCAAAAAACUAUAGGGUAGA